AAUACGAAAAAGGAAAAAGGGGAGAAAAAAAAAUAGAGAGAGGGAGAGAGAUGAAUCGAGCGAGGAGCAAGCAGCUGAUGUUCGAAGAUUAUCUCAGCUUCUUCGAGAAUCCCGAUCCCCGAUCUCUCACCAUGGAUCAACUCAACAAGAUCCUCUCGAUCCACGCGUGGUGCAGGCUAAAGACAAAGGGAGAAGCGGUGAGCGGUCUGAACGAUCUCGUGAUGAUGAACCCUAGGCGAUCGACUCUAGGCGACCGCGCCGCUGUGUACCCCUGCGCUCCGCUGGAUCUCGAGGUGGUGAAGGGCGACAUCAGUUCCAUGGAAUGGGACGAGUGCCCCAUCGGAUCGAUCCUGGCGCGUUCGGGUCCUCCGUGGCGGCGCCUGCGCCGUAUGACUAAUAGAGCCAGCUAUGGAAACCGCGAUUCCCCUCGCUGGGAAGCGUUUCUUAUGAGAUCAAAUCAGCUCGGCGCCGCCCGAUCGCUGCCGGCACAGAUCUUUCGCGGCGCCGUGAGGACGGCCGUCGGCGACACCGUCUUCGCCCACACCGCCAUCAUCUCCGCCUUCGCCCGCAACGGGCGGUCCGCCGACGCGGUGUCGGUCUUCGAGCUCAUGAGGAGGAAGGGGCUGAAGCCCAAUGUGGUAUCCUACAACGCCGUCAUCGAUGCCUGCGUGAAGGGGAGCGGGGACGUGAGGGGUGCGGUUGGGUUCUUCAGGGAGAUGGUCGAGGGGAAGGUCCGGCCCGAUUCGAAGACGUUCAACUCCUUGUUGGCGGGGUGUAGCCGCGCGGGGGAGGUUGAUUACGCGCGGGUUUUGUUCGAGGAAAUGAUGAGGUUGGGGAUUGGGAGGGAUAUCUAUACUUACAACACGUUUAUCGAUGCGGUGUCAAAGUGCGGGAACAUGGAGCUCGCUGUUAAGAUUAUGACGGAGAUGCCUGCCAAUGAUCUGAGGCCGAACGUGGUUACUUUCAGCACUUUGAUUGAUGGGUACUCGAAGUUGGAGAGGUUCGAUGAGGCUUUGGAUUUGUAUAGGGAGAUGAGGGUGUUAGGGAUUAAGUUGGACCGGGUUUGUUAUAAUACCUUGUUGUCGAUUUAUGUGAAGAUUGGGAAGUUUGAGGAGACUGCGAGGGUUUGUGAAGAGAUGGAGGCUAUGGGGGUUGAUAAGGAUACGGUGACAUACAAUUCGCUGAUCAAAGGGUAUGGAAAGCAAGGGAGGCUUGAUAUAGUUAGCUUCUUAGUUCGAGAUAUGAGGGAAAAGGGUGUUUCUCUGAGUGUAUUAACUUACUCGACUCUAAUAGAUAUUUAUUCAAAGGCGGGAUUGUAUGGAGACGCAGCGAAUGUUUUCUUAGAUUUCAAGGAAUCCGGUUUGAAGGCAGAUGUGGUCUUGUACAGUUCUUUUAUAGAUACAUUGGCCAAGAAUGGGUUGGUGGAAUGCGCAGUGUGGUUGCUUGAUGAGAUGGUGAGGGUUGGGAUUGAGCCUAAUGUGGUCACUUAUAAUACUGUCAUCGACGGUUUUGGUAAAUCUAGGGAUUUUAUGGACGAGGAUGGUGCGGCUGUUUUUGGUCCAAUUGUGAAGGGAAUUGGACAACCGAAGGUGGAGGAGGCGAGGAGGUCAGAGGAAUUGUUCUACAUUUUGGGAUUGUUUCAGAGGAUGGUGCAGCGGGGAGUGAAGCCUAAUGUUGUUACAUUUUCUGCCAUACUGAAUGCUUGCAGUCGUUGCAACUCAUUCAAAGAUGCAUCUAUAUUGUUGGAUCAACUUCGUUUGUUUGAUAGCUUUGCCUACGGCAUAGCACAUGGGCUUUUGAUCGGUAGCAGGGAUGUGUGGGUGCAAGCUCGUUCCCUGUUUGACGAGUUAAGGCACAUGGACCUUCCCACCUCCUCUGCUUUCUACAAUGCUCUCACAGACAUGCUUUGGCAUUUUGGACAAAAACGGGGAGCUCAGCAGGUGGUGCUUGAAGGGGUACACCGUCAAGUUUGGGAGAAUGCUUGGAGCGACUUCUGCUUGGAUUUGCACCUCAUGUCAUCGGGUGCUGCUCAAGCUAUGGUUCAUGCUUGGCUUCUUAGUGUUCGCUCUAUUGUUUUCGAAGGAAGGGAGCUUCCUGAGUUUUUGAGCAUUUUGACGGGAUGGGGGAAACACAGCAAAGUAGUGGGUGCCAGCACACUGCGCCGAGUCAUCGAGUCUCUUCUCAAGUCCAUCGGAGCUCCCUUCCAAUUAGAAAGGUUCAAUAUCGGGCGCUUUGUUUCUCCAAGCGCAGUCAUCGCCUCUUGGUUGAGGGAAUCGGGCACGAUAAGCAUCCUUCUCCUCCGCGACGAGCGGACGCGAACGGCGAACCCUGAGAACUUGCUUCCUCAGCUCCGAGCCCUGCAAUUGUAGUUGUGAAACCAAUGUAGCGUGAAUUGGUAUUGUACAAGUUGUUGUAGAUUUAUUUAAGUCACGAUUCUUUGGUGUGUGGGUUGUAGGGGGCGUUACUGGUUUGAUUGGAAACUGAAGUGAAAACUGAAGAGGACUGCUUUGCUUGCUUCUCCUCUUUUUUGAUGUUAGAGCGACUUUUGGCAUUUUGAUUUCUAUCAAAACAGAAAUAUAGAAGUGAUGCCUUGUUGAUCUCGUA